GAAGAAGAAGAAGAAGACAAACCAUGAAGAAGAAGAGGAUCGAAGAAGAAUCAGACAAACCAGGAAGAGGAAGAAGAAGAAGAAGAAGACAAACCAAGAAGAAGGAGAAGAAGAAGACAGACCAAGAAGAAGAAGAAGAAGAAGAAGACAAACCAAGAAGAAGGAGAAGAAUUAAAAAGACAGACCAAGAAGAAGAAAAAGAAGAAGAAGACAAACCACGAAAAAGAGGAAGAAGAAUCAGACAAACCAGGAAGAGGAAGAAGAAGAGGAAGAAAGAAGCUCCACCCCUCACGUCCCAGCCCCAGCCCCAGCCAUCACCAGCCUCAUCAGCUGUUUGUUGUCACAGAGUCAGAGUGAGCGUGAUGGCGGGCGGGCAGGAGCAGGAGGAGCAGGGCGGCGGCGGUGGGGUGGCGGGCCGGCUGGAGAACGUGUCCCGCUUCCCCCGCCACGGCUGGAUGGUGCCCCUCGACCACACCUUCCCGGAGCGGCGCGACCAGAAGAUCAGGCCGCGCUUGGGUCAACUGCCGCAGCUCAUCCCGCUCUUCAUGAGGUACCUGGUGUGGUACAUGUACACCAGAGCCAAGGGACGCAAACCCUGGAUUGACUGCAUCACCAUGAUGCACGGCAAGCAGAUGUAUGGUGUACCGCUGGGAGGCAUUGGGUCUGGAACGAUUGGCCGAGGGUUCCGGGGAGAGUUUUGCCGCUACCAGAUGGUUCCUGGGAUCUACGAGUAUGAGACGGUGAUGGCCAACCAGUUCAUUGCCACCAUCAGGGACCCCAAGGGCAACACACUCUACCAGCGGGUCUUGUCCACACAGACUAAGCCGAGGAAGACCCUUGAGUCGUGGGAGUGGGGCUUCAGCGGAGCGGACGGCUUGUACUGUGGCCUGUACCCUCGGUCAUGGACAGUCUACAACAUCAAGGAGCAAGGCAUCAGGCUAAUAUGUCGGCAGAUAUCGCCUGUCAUACCCCAUAACUAUAAGGAUUCGUGUUUACCUGUAGGAGUGUUUGUGUGGAACAUCGAGAACUACAACCCUGAGCCCAGAGACGUGUCCAUUACCUUUACGUUCAAGAAUGGGACUGGUGGGAGUGCGGACAAGGAGGGGGAGUGUUGGAGUGAGGUGUUUCAGCAGGAGUUGGCGGAGACGCAGGUCAAGGGUGUUGUGUUGCACCAAACCCUUAGAAGCUUGAACCUGCGCUACUGUCUGGCCGUCAAGGAAAAGCCGGAGGUAUCGGUGACCAGAAGUCCAGGUUUUGACCCGCUCAGCUCAGGGGAGUCGCUGUGGAAUGACCUCAAGCUGGACGGAGAACUGGACCCAAGUGACAUCCCAGUAACCAAAACUAGAAAGGGUGAGGAGAGAGCUGUGGCUGUGUGUGGAAAGUGUAGUAUUAGUGCCAGUAGCUCAGGGAUGAUAGAGAUGGCCCUGGUUUGGGACAUGCCCCAGAUUGUGUUCAAGAGCAAAGGAGUCACACACACCAGACGCUACACUCGGUGGUUCAGCGAGGAGCAGACGGCAGCACAGGAGAUGGCAGCGUACGCCCUCCACCACUACACACGCUGGGAGGACGACAUCGAGGCCUGGCAGAACCCCGUGCUCCAGGACCCAGCCUUGCCGGACUGGUUCAAGAGCGCCAUCUUCAAUGAGCUCUACUUCAUAGCCGACGGAGGCUCGGUGUGGUUGGACCUGCCGGAGCAAGUAACAAGUACACUGCCUCUGCAUGACUCAAGGAGUGAGUACGGUCGCUUCGCCUACCUGGAAAGUCACGAGUAUAGGAUGUACAACACUUACGAUGUGCACUUCUACGCGUCCUGGGCCCUGGUGAUCCUGUGGCCUGAGCUCCAGAAGUCCCUGCAGUACGACAUGGCUCAGUGGACCACCUCGGCCGACCUCACGCCCCGCACGCACCUCUUCCGGGGCAACAAGGGCGUGAGGAAGCUGGCCAACGCUGUGCCUCAUGACGCUGGUGACCCGGAGGACGAGCCAUUUGUACGGGUCAACGCUUAUCAGAUCCAUGACAUCAGCUUCUGGAAGGACCUCAACCUCAAGUUCGUCUUACAGGUGUACCGAGACCACACCUUCUUCAAGGACCACAACUACCUGGCUCACAUGUGGCCCGUGUGCCGCGCCGUGAUGGACCGCAGCUUCACCUACGACAGGGACGGCGACGGACUGAUAGAGAACGAGGGUCAGGCGGACCAAACCUACGACUCCUGGAUCAUGCACGGCCCAUCCGCCUACUGCUCCUCGCUGUGGGUGGCCGCCCUCGCCUCAAUGGUGGAGAUGGCGCGGCUGCUCAGCGACACGGCGGAGGAGAAGAAGUUCCUGGAGGCGCUGGAGAAGGCUAAAACUGCCCUGCAAGAGAAGCUGUGGAAUGGCAAGUAUUACAAGUUCGACACAUGUGGUGCAGCUCACAGCGACAGCAUCAUGUCAGACCAGCUGGUGGGCCACUGGUACCUGUCCCUGGCCGGCAUUGACAGUGGGGUGUUUGAGUACAAGUGUGUGCGGUCGGUGCUGAAGAUGCUUUACGAGUACAACGUGCAGCGCUUCAACAACGGGGAGAUGGGGGCCGUCAAUGGCAUGAACCCGGACGGCACGAUUGACCGCUACACCAUGCAGAGCGAGGAGAUGUGGGUGGGGGUCACGUACGCCCUGGCGGCCACCAUGAUCAUUGAGGGCAUGGUGGACGAAGGCUUCAAAACUGCCGAGGGAGUCUACAGAACCGUCUACGAGAAAAUCGGACUAGGGUUUGAGACGCCCGAGGCUCUGUAUGGCCAGCACAAGUACCGAGCCAUUGGGUACAUGCGGCCACUGUCCAUCUGGUCCAUGUACUGGGCCUACACACUGCGCAAGAAGAAGCAGAGUGCCGACAAAGCCCCGGACGACACAGCGGAGAUCGACGUCACCUUCCCUGAACCGCCCGUCAGGAGAACACGGCCGGUCGCUCAUGACUCGGACUCCUCAAGUGAUGUAUCCCAAUAGUAGUAGCAAUUAAUUUCUCUUGGUAUUUUGUAUUUCUUUUGAGUUUUGUGCAAGGGGGAUCAAGUGCAGGUCAUCGUAACUAUCCCAGAAUUGCCGGUCAAGAUAACAAGCCUGGUUGCUCAUGAAUCGGACUCCUCAAGUGAUGUAUCCCAGUAGUAUCAUGUAGACAUUAAUUUCUCCUGAUAUUUUGUUUGUAUGACUUCUGUGUGAGGGAUAGUAAGUGCAGGUCAUCGUAACUUUCCCAGAACUGUCCGCCGUUUAUUUCUAUUGAUAUUUUGUAUUUCUCCGACUCCUGCAUGAGGGAUAUUAAGAAGGUAGGGCAGGAUUUGAGGCAUCUGGUUAGUUGUUGUUGUAGUAUUUUAUCUUUCUCGACAUUUUAGCAUUUUCACACACACGGAAGUCCCCCUGGCAGAGUACGGACCCCAUUUUCUAUCACACAACAAGGUCCAGUCUUUUUCUUGUAUCUCAUUUCGUAAGAGUUCCAACGCACACAUGUUUUUAAGUCGAGUUAUUUCAGACCAAUCAUCCCAACAGCUCCGAGUAAGAUAAUAGUUUUGUAGCUACAGAUCUUUGCCCGUCAGUUGCAGAGCCAUUACGGGACAAAGAUGAAACAAUGUAAAUAAUGUGUAUGUGUGUCUGUGAGUGUGAGUGUAUUUACCUAUUUGUAAGGGAAAAUUAGGAUGUUAAGCAAGAAGAUGAAGGAGAAGAAGAAGGAGAAGGAGAAGUAGUUUUAGGAGGUGUGUGUGUGUGUGUGUGUGUGUGUGGAGUUUUUUAAUACUAUAUAUAUUUGUUUAUUCUGUUUCCCUGUGUAUGGGUGUAUAUGGUUAAGUCCUUCGGUUUAAGUUUACGUUCUUAGACAGUUUGGGUUUUUCUGUUUAAGGCUGAGAUUGGGUGUGAGGAACAGACGUAUUUUUCUUUACUUUGCGCUGGGAAAGGAAGGUUACACAUCACAGGAAGAACAAGAAACAGGUUGCAGGGGAAGAGUGACCUUGUAUUUGGUGUUCCGAGGGUCACUGUUCCUCUUGCAACUAAUGUCUUGUUCUUCCUGCGAUGUUUAGUUUGCCUUUCCCAGUACAAACUAGAAAGAAACGUCUGUCUCUAGCUCCAUUUUUCUUAAGUUUGCGCUGGGAAAGGAAGGUUACACAUCACAGGAAGAACAAGAAACAGGUUGCAGGGGAAGAGUGACCUUGUCUUUGGUGUUCCGAGGGUCAUUUUUCCUCUUGCAACUAAUAUCUUGUUCUUCCUGCGAUGUUUAGUUUGCCUUUCCCAGUACAAGCUAGAAAAAACGUCUGUCCCUAACGCCCUUUCUCCUCUAAACGCCUUAUUUUGGGGGGGCUUCAGCGGGCUCAGUGUGGGGCAUUAGGUUACGAGUUGGUUGGCAUGGUGAGUGUCACUGCCAUUUGCUCAUUGCACUGGGGUCAAAAUAUGCUUCUGGGCUGUUUUGCUCUCGUCCGCCACGCACAAAUAGGUGAUGCAUUUGUGGAGCGACAUGGAUAUUUUUUUUAAGGUAUUACUGCUGAAAAUAUUGCUCCUGUUAUAGAAUGAAUGAGACUAAGAUGAGCUAUGAUAUUUUUUCUGUAUGUGGUAUUGCAUUGGUUAUGAGCGACAUGGAGAUUUUUUUUAAGGUAUUACUGAUGAAAAUAUUCUGCCUGUUAGGGAAUGAAUGAGACUUAAGAUGUACUACAAUAUUUUUUCUGUAUGUGGUAUUGCAUUGGUUAUGAGCAACAUGAAGAUUGAUUUUUAGGUAUUACUGAUGAAAAUAUUACGUCUGCUAUGGAAUGAAUGAUGCUAAGAUGUGCUAUGAUAUUUUUUUUGUAUGUGGUAUUGUAUUGGUUAUAAGCGUUUUGAGACAUGAUUCAACCCUUAGACGGCAGCCUCGUGUAGUGUGUUGCCUCUAUAGCUGUGUUGUGGUGUGUGGAUGAUCCUGGCCACACGCAAUCAAAGGUACUGAAUCUCGGUUGAAAAAGAUUUGGUUCAGCUUUACACAACCGUACUGCAUCGAAAACUUAAGUCAAGCUCAAGUUGACAAUAAUCGCUGUUUGUUCUCCAUGCCAGGCACAACCGUUGACCUCUGUGCCUCUUAAAACAUUCAUGCUGGACAGUGGAUGUGUUAGCCAGAUAGUCGUAACAGUGAAGGAAACAUCACAAUCAUACUGCAUCGAAAACUUAAGUCGAGCUCAAGUUGACAAUAAUCGCUGUUUGUAGUUCAUGCCAGGCACAACCGUCGUCUUCUGUGCCUCUAAAACAUUCAUGCUGGACAGUGGAUGUGUUAGCCAGAUAGUCGUAACAGUGAAGAAAACAUCACAAUCAUCUUCAUUGGAAACUUAAUCGAGCUCACUUUGACAAUAAUUCAUGCCAGGCACAACCGUCAUCUUCAGUGCCUCUAAAAUAUUCAUGGACAGUGGACAUGUUAGCCAGAUAGUUGUAACAGUGAAGAAAACAUCACAAUCAUCUUCAUUGGAAACUUAAUCAAGCUCACUUUGACAAUAAUCGCUGUUUGUAGUUCAUGCCAGGCACAACCGUCGUCUUCUGUGCCUCUAAAACAUUCAUGCUGGGCAGUGGAUGUGUUAGCCAGAUAGGCGUAACAGUGAAGAAAACAUCACAAUCAUCUUCAUUGGAAACUUAAUCGAGCUCACUUUGACAAUAAUCGCUGCGUUGUUCUUGCUCCUUUUCAUAUUAGUGCAGAGAACAUUGAAGGCACAACCAUCAUGUUCUGUGCCUUGAAAAUGUUGAUAUCAGACAGUGGACGUGUUAGCAAGAUAGUCUCAACAGUAAAGAAAACGUCCCAAUCAACUUUAUCGAAAACCAGGUCGAGCUCACUUUGACAAUAAUCACUCAUUGAAGUUCAUACCUCGUUUUCAUAUUAGCAUAGAGAACAUUGAAGGCACAGCCGUUAUGUUCUGUGCCUCUAAAAUGCUCAUAUAGGACAGUGGAGACGUUAGCAAGAUUGUCGUAACGGUAAAAACAUUCCCAUCUCGUUGUUUAGAAUCAGUCAGUCACUCAGCAUGAAACUCUUGCAUCACAUCUAGUAUGAUAUUUUAGCAAGACAGUCGUAACAAUAAAGUAAAAAUGCACGUAUCUUGUUUAGAGUCAGUCAGUCACUCAGCAUGAAACUCUUGCAUCACAUCGAGUAUGAUAUCAUUUUAGCAAGACAGUCGUAACAGUAAAGUAAAAAUGCCCUCAACUUGUUUAGAGUCAGUCAGUCACUCAGCAUGAAACUCUUGCAUCACAUCCAGUAUGAUAUCAUUUUAGCAAGAUUGUCGUAACAGUCAAGUAAAAAUGGCCUCAUCUUGUUUAGAAUCAGUCA